AUGCCUCUCAUAGCAUCCAACCCCAGAGACCGCAUCAUCCUGGGUCUCAUGACCUUCGGACCCGAUGCGUCGACCGGAGCGCGAAUCACCGACAUAGCCGAGUUCAACAAGUGCCUCGACGGCUUCCAGGCACGGGGUUACAACGAGGUCGACACGGCGAGAGUCUACACCGGCCGGCAGCAGGAGGCCUUCACGCGGGAGGCCAAGUGGAAGGAGAGGGGACUUACACUCGCCACCAAGAUCCAAUAUCCCUCCGAGGAUGGUGCCCACCAGGCAGCCAAGGUCGUCGAGAGUCUGGAGACGAGUCUGAAAGAACUGGGUACGGACUGUGUUGAUGACCAGGAGGUUGACAAGCCCAACUCCCAGAUCUGCUAUAUCCACGCAGCCGACCGCGCGACCCCCUUCGCCGAGACGUUCGAGGCCAUGGACAAGAUGCACAAGGCCGGCAAGUUUGUGCAGCUCGGUGUCUCCAACUACACCGCUGCUGAAGUGGCCGAGGUCGUCAUGAUGUGCAAAUACAAUGGCUGGGUGCGACCUACCAUAUAUCAGGGAAUGUACAACGCCAUCACUCGUGGCAUCGAUGCCGAAUUGAUCCCUGCCUGUCGACGGUACGGCUUGGAUGUGGUGGUAUACAACCCCAUUGCUGGCGGCCUGUUCAGUGGCAAGAUCAAAAGCGCAGACUUCGAUCCCGAAGAGGGUCGGUUUAGCUCCAAGAGUGCGACGGGUGCGAACUACCGCAAUCGUUACCUCAAGGAAAGCACAUUCAAGGCGCUGCAGACAAUGGAGAAGGCGUUGGAGAAGCACCCCGGGCUGACAAUGAUCGAGACGGCGCUGCGGUGGACGGUGCACCACAGCAAGCUGAAGAUCAAGGACGGAAACGACGGCAUUCUGGUCGGCAUCAGCUCGUAUGACCAGCUGGAGAACAACCUCGACAACCUUGAGAAGGGUCCUCUGCCGGCAGACGUGGUGCAGGCGCUCGAUCAGGCUUGGAUGAUCUGCAAGGCCGAGGCGCCGGAUUACUGGCACAAAGAGCUCGCGUAUACUUAUGACACGCGCGAGGCGCUGUUCGGAGCUGGCACCAAGUGA